AUGAGUCGUCGAUGGGUUCUUACCAGCCAAACAGGCUUUGAAACGUCGCUGGAGUUUCAGAAGAAUGCCAGCGCACCAUCAGCAGACACAUUAGCCCCUAAUGCGGUAUUGGUAAAGAUGUACGCUGCUAGCCUGAAUUAUCGUGAACUCGUCAUACCCGACCCAAACGGCAUCACGGGUCCGAUGACCGCAGGAAUUGUGCCCGGAUGUGAUGGCGCCGGAAUAGUCGAGGCGGUCGGUUCGUCCGUUCAAGAAUUCCGUCCAGGAGAUCGCGUUGUUACACAUAAUAUGCCGAAGGCAGCCGAGACCAGAGGUGACGAUGCGUUCGCUACCGUUGAGGACGUUCCGGGCAGCAUGGGACAAGGAAUGGAUGGAACUUUACAAUCAAAGGGUGUCUUUAUUGAGAAAGCCCUCGUCCAUGCCCCAAAAUCUCUAGACUGGUUGCCAGCUGCCACUUUGACAUGCACGUGGCUGACGGCGUGGAAUAUACUCUUUGGCGUAAAGGGCAGGGAGGCUGGUCCAGGUACGUGGGUGCUUGUUCAGGGCACCGGCGGGGUGAGCAUCGCUGCUUUACAACUGGCCGUGGCAGCUGGUGCAACUGUUGUUGCCACGACUUCAACUGAGGACAGGGCGGCUCGUUUGAAGAAACUCGGUGCUGUUCACACGGUUAAUUACAAUUCCAAUCCCGACGACUGGGGUCAAGAAGCCAAGCGACUAACCCCGGACGGUCGUGGCUUUGAUAGCGUUGUGGAUAUCGGAGGAGACCAAACAUUGCCCCAGUCUCUGGUAGCGGUGCGUACAGAUGGUCUUGUUUCGGUGAUAGGGCAAGUAGCCGAUAAGGGCCAGCCAGUGCCGUUGUUCUCAGUCCUGUUGCACACAUGCAUGGUUCGGGGAAUACUUGGUGGAAGUAGAAGUCAAUUCAGGGAGUUGGUACGCUUCGUAGACGAAAAAAACAUUUCUCCUGCUGCGGACGACGUGAUUUUCGAAUUGGCAGAGGUCAAGGAUGCCUACAGAAGACUCCAAGAGAAGAAGCAUUUUUCCAAGGUGCUUAUUCGCAUUGACCAUCCUUAG